CGGACAGUGGCAGCUGCACCAGUCCCGUAACCGCCUUUAUGAAGGCUAUGCUAUGCGAGAAUUGUGCUACAAACUGACUGACUGAUUGAUCCCUUGAUUGAUUGACGGACUUUCACCCAGGAAGAAGCAAGCAAGCAAGCAACAUUCACGAUGCCGUUGACCUUCUGCCCUAACUGCAGCAAUGCGCUCACGAUCUCUCGUGCGGAACCAACCACAAGACAUCCCCUAGGCGUCAAUCGAUUCGAAUGCCGCACCUGCCCAUACCAAUAUGCCCUGGACCAGAGCUGGUUUGAGAAGACACCCAUGAAGCAGAAGGAAGUGGAAGAUGUCUUUGGAGGCAAGGAAGAAUUCGCAAAUGCAGAUAGCGUGGCCACUCAAUGCCCCGCAGAAGACUGUAAUGGCGACCGCGCAUACUUUUUCCAGCUGCAGAUUCGGAGUGCAGACGAACCGAUGACCACAUUCCUAAAGUGUACCACGUGUGGUGCCCGAUGGAGAGAGAACUGAGGCUACUCCAGCAUUAGAGUUUGGACUAUGGAGAUAUCCCUGGAGAACAAUAUGUGUUGUUCGAAUAAUAGAGGGGCGGGGGAUAACGUAGAGGAAGAACGGGAAUUUUAGGAAAGGGAAAAAAAAAAGGGAAGGCUGGUGCUACGGUGUAUGAUUAGGAUGAUGAUCUGGGCCCCUGCGAUUGUGGUUGUUCCCAUUUGCGAUGAUUUACAUCGAGAUUACUAGAGAUACCCCUCAAUGGAUGAUGAC